GGGCUGCCRGAGCACGGGGACAUGGCCAAGACGUGUCCCCAGCCUGCUGAGACAGGGACCCCCUGAAUCCCAGAUCCCCCAAUUCCAUGGGGCUGCCCUGCUGAUGGGAUGGCGUGGCUCUGCCUGCUCUCGGUGGCUCUUUCUGCCAUGGCACCUGCACAAGCCCCCAUGGAAAUGACAGGACAUCCCAAUUCUCCGACCGGGAAUGCCUUGGUGACCCUGGGUCCCGGAACGCUUCGUCUCGUGGGCGGCCGGAGCCGCUGCGAGGGCCGCGUGGAGCUGGAGCAGGAGGGGACGUGGGGGACGGUGUGUGACGAUGGUUGGGACAUUCCCGACGCCGACGUCGUGUGCCGGCAACUCCAGUGCGGCCACGCYGUGCGAGCCCACGGCAACGCCACCUUCGGCCGCGGGCACGGUCCCAUCCUCCGCGAUGAGGUGGCGUGUGAGGGACAUGAGCAGCGCCUCCAGGAGUGCCCGGCCACCACGGAACACGACUGCAGCCACAAGGAGGACGCCGGCGUGGUGUGCUCAGAGCACCAGGAGUGGCGGCUGUCCGGCGGGCGGGAUGGCUGUGCCGGCAGGGUGGAGGUGUUUUUCCGUGGCACCUGGAGCACGGUGUGUGACAGCACCUGGUACGAGCUGGAGGCCACGGUGCUGUGCCGGGCGCUGGGAUGCGGGAUGGCGCUGCGGCGGCCGUCCUUCGGACACACGCUUCCCGGGAAAAUGCUGUACCAGUGCGGGAGCCUGCAGCCCUCGCUGGCACAGUGCYACUGGACCUUCAAUAAAUCCGCCCCGUGCCACCAGUCCCGGGCUGCCGGGGUCAUCUGCAAUGGCUCCCAGGGCUUGGAGACGCCGACGCCCACGGCUGAGGCUGAGGUGACACCCAGGAAUGUCACCGUCCUGCGUGCCGAGGAGGGGACCCCAGCCUUGGGGACAYCUCUCCUGGACAGUCCCCUCUUUGYSCUGUGCCUGSUGCUGGCGGCGCUGCUCCUGCUCUCCAUGUUGGCCUUUUCUGCCGCCCUGCUGAGGCUGAGGAAGAGRACUGCCAUGUCCUCCUUGGGAACACCCAUGCCAGUCUUGCUGACCCACAAUUCCCAAAGCCYUGAUGCGCCCUCCGGGAUCCCCAAUGACUACGGGCAUCCCAGCCAUCCCAAAGGAUCAGACCCCCCAGUCACAGCGAUUUCCAAGGAUUCCGAUUCCGACUCGGAAUAUUACGAGUUCAGCAGCAAGCCUCCCGUCGCCCUUUCCACCUUCUACAACUCGCUGCGCCGGCACUCCAGGGAGGAUCUGCUCCCGCUGAGACCCAGCCAGGACAGGAUGGAGCCAUUCCCUGAGGAGGCGCCGGCCAGGCUGGGCCCUCCAUUCCGCCGCUCCUCCGGAUCAUCCUCAUCCUCAUCCUCRUCCGGAGAGCCCUACUGGAAYRGCAGCGYUCCCCCUCCUGCCUGGAACGCAGCAGCCACUGACCAUGGCUCUGGCACAGCUCCACCAGYGGUGCCCUCCCAGCCCUGGGUACCUGCWGCUSMWSCMGAUCCCGAUCCCGAYGGCAGCUCCAGCACCUCCUCRGGGGAGUGGUACGAGAACGUGCAGGACAAGGAGCCCCCCGAAGACCCCUCCUCAAAUCCUGGCUGGUCAGAUCCAUCCYGUCCCUUGGAGGAACACGUGGAGGAUCCCAACUUUUCCGAGGGCAGYGACUAUGACGACAUCCAGGGCUCUGCCUACUGAGCCUGUCCCGCUGCUCCAGAGGCUGAAUCUCCUGGAAUU